CAGCCAACAAGAAGGCGGGCGGCAGCAGCGCAUUCGCGUGGAGGCGCGCGUAGCGCAGCGGACGCCAGCAGAGCCCUGAGGCGUCCGGCGGGGGCGCGGAGAGCCGGGCGCCACCCGGCGGUGGCAGGGACAGCAGGCACAGGUAUCACGGCGGGGAUCUACUGCUUUCUUCCUGGCGCCCCCUGGCUACAGCGGUCUAGAAAAAGCUCUUCAGGGACCAGUAUGGCUGAACAACGCCUGUUCUGUGCCUCGGCUCUCCAGCGCUGAGGUUCCUACGACUUUAAUUGAAGGGCCGUCCCCUCGCCGAAGCUGCAGCACCGCCCACCGGCUCCUCGCGCCUCAAAAUGAGUAGCUCCCACUCCCGCUCCGGCCAGAGCGCGGCGGGCGCGGCUCCGGGAGGCGGUACGGACACGCGCGACGCGGAGAUGCCGGCUACCGAGAAAGACCUGGCGGAGGACGCGCCAUGGAAGAAGAUCCAACAGAACACGUUCACUCGCUGGUGCAAUGAGCACCUCAAGUGCGUGAGCAAGCGCAUCGCCAACCUGCAGACCGACCUGAGCGACGGGUUGCGGCUCAUCGCACUGCUCGAGGUACUCAGUCAGAAGAAGAUGCACCGCAAGCACAACCAGCGACCCACCUUCCGCCAGAUGCAGCUCGAAAACGUAUCGGUGGCGCUUGAGUUCCUGGACCGUGAGAGCAUCAAACUCGUGUCCAUUGACAGCAAGGCCAUCGUAGAUGGGAACCUGAAGCUGAUCCUGGGCCUUAUCUGGACCCUGAUCCUACACUACUCCAUCUCCAUGCCUAUGUGGGAUGAGGAGGAGGAUGAGGAGGCCAAGAAGCAAACACCCAAGCAGAGGCUCCUAGGCUGGAUCCAGAACAAGCUGCCACAGCUCCCCAUUACCAAUUUCAGUCGGGACUGGCAGAGUGGCCGGGCCCUAGGUGCUCUUGUUGAUAGUUGUGCCCCAGGCCUGUGUCCUGACUGGGACUCGUGGGAUGCCAGCAAGCCUGUGAACAAUGCACGGGAAGCCAUGCAGCAGGCUGAUGAUUGGCUUGGCAUCCCUCAGGUGAUCACCCCUGAGGAAAUUGUGGACCCCAAUGUGGAUGAGCAUUCUGUCAUGACCUACCUGUCCCAGUUCCCCAAAGCUAAGCUGAAGCCAGGGGCUCCCCUUCGGCCCAAACUGAAUCCAAAGAAAGCCCGAGCCUAUGGGCCAGGCAUCGAGCCCACAGGCAAUAUGGUGAAGAAGCGGGCAGAGUUCACCGUGGAGACCCGAAGUGCUGGCCAGGGAGAGGUGCUAGUGUAUGUGGAGGACCCAGCUGGACACCAGGAAGAGGCAAAAGUGUCUGCCAAUAAUGACAAGAACCGUACCUUCUCUGUCUGGUAUGUCCCUGAAGUGACAGGGACUCAUAAGGUGACUGUGCUCUUUGCUGGUCAGCACAUUGCCAAGAGCCCUUUUGAAGUGUAUGUGGACAAGUCACAGGGUGAUGCCAGCAAAGUGACUGCUCAGGGCCCUGGCCUGGAGCCCAGUGGCAACAUCGCCAACAAGACCACCUACUUUGAGAUCUUCACUGCAGGAGCUGGCACGGGCGAGGUGGAAGUUGUCAUCCAGGACCCUACAGGACAGAAAGGCACAGUGGAGCCUCAGCUGGAGGCCCGAGGCGACAGCACCUAUCGCUGUAGCUACCAGCCCACCAUGGAGGGCAUCCACACCGUGCAUGUCACCUUUGCUGGUGUUCCCAUCCCUCGCAGCCCCUACACUGUCACUGUUGGCCAAGCCUGUAACCCAGCUGCCUGCCGGGCUGUUGGCCGAGGUCUCCAACCUAAGGGUGUACGGGUGAAGGAGACAGCUGACUUCAAGGUGUACACAAAGGGUGCUGGCAGCGGGGAGCUAAAGGUCACUGUAAAGGGCCCCAAGGGCGAGGAACGUGUAAAGCAGAAGGACCUGGGGGAUGGCGUGUAUGGUUUUGAGUAUUAUCCCACAGUCCCUGGCACAUACACAGUCACCAUCACAUGGGGAGGUCAGAACAUUGGCCGCAGUCCCUUCGAGGUGAAAGUGGGCACUGAGUGUGGCAAUCAGAAGGUGCGGGCCUGGGGCCCUGGGCUAGAGGGCGGCGUUGUUGGCAAGUCAGCAGACUUCGUGGUAGAGGCCAUUGGUGAUGAUGUGGGCACCCUGGGGUUCUCGGUGGAAGGUCCAUCACAGGCCAAGAUUGAAUGUGAUGACAAAGGUGAUGGUUCCUGUGAUGUGCGCUACUGGCCCCAGGAGCCUGGCGAGUAUGCUGUUCAUGUGUUGUGCAACAGCGAGGACAUCCGUCUUAGCCCCUUCAUGGCUGAUAUCCGGGAGGCACCCCAGGACUUUCACCCAGAUAGGGUGAAAGCACGUGGGCCUGGACUGGAGAAGACUGGUGUGGCUGUAAACAAACCAGCAGAGUUCACAGUUGAUGCCAAGCAUGGUGGGAAGGCCCCUCUCCGAGUCCAAGUCCAGGACAAUGAGGGCUGCCCCGUGGAGGCAACAGUCAAGGACAAUGGCAAUGGCACUUACAGUUGCUCCUAUGUGCCAAGGAAGCCAGUGAAGCACACAGCAAUGGUGUCUUGGGGAGGUGUCAGCAUCCCCAACAGCCCCUUCCGGGUGAAUGUAGGAGCUGGCAGCCACCCAAACAAGGUCAAAGUGUAUGGUCCAGGAGUGUCCAAGACUGGGCUUAAGGCCCACGAGCCCACCUACUUUACUGUGGAUUGCACAGAGGCUGGCCAGGGAGAUGUCAGCAUUGGUAUCAAGUGUGCCCCCGGAGUGGUGGGUCCCACUGAGGCUGACAUUGACUUUGACAUCAUCCGUAACGACAAUGAUACCUUCACUGUGAAAUACACGCCCCGUGGGGCUGGUAGCUAUACCAUCAUGGUCCUUUUUGCUGACCAGGCCACACCCACCAGCCCCAUCCGGGUAAAAGUGGAGCCUUCCCAUGAUGCCAGCAAGGUGAAAGCUGAGGGUCCUGGCCUCAGUCGCACUGGUGUUGAGCUUGGUAAACCCACCCAUUUUACCGUCAAUGCCAAAGCCGCUGGCAAAGGCAAGUUGGAUGUCCAGUUCUCAGGACUGACUAAGGGGGAUGCAGUGCGAGAUGUGGACAUCAUUGACCACCAUGAUAACACCUACACUGUCAAGUAUACUCCUGUGCAGCAGGGCCCAGUAGGUGUCAGUGUCACUUAUGGAGGAGAUCCCAUCCCCAAGAGCCCCUUUUCAGUGGGAGUAUCUCCAAGCCUGGACCUCAGCAAGAUCAAGGUGUCUGGCCUCAGUGACAAAGUGGACGUUGGCAAAGACCAAGAGUUCACAGUGAAGUCAAAGGGUGCAGGUGGCCAAGGCAAAGUGGCAUCCAAGAUUGUGGGCCCCUCAGGUGCAGCAGUGCCCUGUAAGGUGGAGCCAGGCCUAGGAGCUGACAACAGUUUGGUACGCUUUGUGCCCCGAGAGGAGGGGCCCUAUGAGGUGGAGGUGACCUAUGAUGGUGUGCCUGUGCCUGGCAGCCCUUUUCCUGUGGAAGCUGUGGCUCCCACCAAGCCUAGCAAGGUGAAGGCGUUUGGACCAGGGCUACAGGGAGGCAAUGCAGGCUCUCCUGCCCGCUUUACCAUUGAUACCAAGGGUGCUGGCACUGGUGGCCUGGGCCUGACAGUGGAAGGCCCCUGCGAAGCACAGCUUGAGUGCCUGGACAACGGGGAUGGCACAUGUUCUGUGUCCUAUGUGCCCACUGAGCCUGGGGACUACAACAUCAACAUCCUUUUUGCUGACACUCACAUCCCUGGCUCCCCGUUCAAGGCCCAUGUGGUUCCUUGUUUCGAUGCAUCCAAGGUGAAGUGCUCAGGCCCUGGGCUAGAGCGGGCUACUGCUGGUGAGGUAGGCCAGUUCCAAGUGGACUGCUCAAGCGCAGGCAGUGCAGAGUUGACAAUUGAGAUCUGCUCUGAAGCUGGCCUGCCAGCUGAGGUAUACAUUCAGGAUCAUGGUGACGGCACACACACGAUCACCUACAUUCCUCUGUGCCCUGGGGCUUACACUGUCACCAUCAAGUAUGGAGGCCAGCCUGUGCCCAACUUCCCCAGCAAGCUGCAGGUGGAGCCUGCUGUGGACACAUCGGGUGUGCAGUGCUACGGGCCUGGGAUUGAGGGUCAAGGUGUCUUCCGAGAGGCAACCACUGAGUUCAGUGUGGAUGCCCGGGCUCUCACACAGACUGGAGGACCACACGUAAAGGCCCGUGUGGCCAACCCCUCGGGCAACCUGACAGAGACCUAUGUACAGGACUGUGGUGAUGGCACGUACAAAGUAGAAUACACACCAUAUGAAGAAGGACUGCACUCUGUAGACGUGACUUAUGAUGGCAGCCCUGUACCCAGCAGUCCCUUCCAGGUGCCUGUAACGGAGGGCUGUGACCCCUCCCGGGUCCGUGUCCAUGGGCCAGGCAUCCAAAGUGGUACCACCAACAAACCCAAUAAGUUCACAGUGGAGACCAGGGGAGCUGGCACAGGUGGCCUGGGUCUGGCUGUUGAGGGCCCCUCUGAGGCCAAGAUGUCCUGCAUGGAUAAUAAGGAUGGCAGCUGCUCGGUAGAAUACAUCCCCUAUGAGGCUGGCACCUACAACCUUAAUGUCACCUAUGGUGGUCACCAAGUGCCAGGUAGUCCCUUCAAGGUCCCUGUGCACGAUGUGACAGAUGCAUCUAAGGUCAAGUGUUCUGGACCUGGCCUAAGCCCAGGCAUGGUCCGCGCCAACCUCCCUCAGUCCUUCCAGGUGGAUACAAGCAAGGCUGGGGUUGCCCCGCUGCAGGUCAAAGUGCAGGGGCCCAAAGGCUUGGUGGAGCCAGUGGAUGUAGUGGACAAUGCUGAUGGUACCCAGACGGUCAACUAUGUGCCCAGCCGAGAAGGGCCCUAUAGCAUCUCAGUGCUAUAUGGGGAAGAAGAGGUGCCACGGAGCCCCUUCAAGGUCAAAGUGCUGCCCACACAUGAUGCCAGUAAGGUGAAGGCCAGUGGACCUGGACUCAACACCACUGGCGUGCCUGCCAGCCUGCCUGUGGAGUUCACCAUUGAUGCCAAGGAUGCUGGGGAGGGUCUGUUAGCUGUCCAGAUUACGGAUCCUGAAGGCAAGCCCAAGAAGACACACAUUCAAGACAACCAUGAUGGCACAUACACAGUGGCAUAUGUGCCAGAUGUGACAGGCCGGUACACAAUCCUCAUCAAGUAUGGUGGUGAUGAGAUCCCCUUCUCCCCAUACCGUGUCCGGGCCGUGCCCACUGGGGAUGCCAGCAAGUGCACAGUUACAGUGUCAAUCGGAGGUCACGGGCUAGGUGCUGGCAUCGGCCCCACCAUCCAGAUUGGGGAGGAGACAGUGAUUACUGUGGACACAAAAGCAGCAGGCAAAGGCAAGGUGACUUGCACUGUAUGCACACCUGAUGGCUCAGAGGUAGAUGUGGAUGUGGUGGAGAAUGAGGACGGCACCUUUGACAUCUUCUACACAGCACCCCAGCCGGGCAAAUACGUCAUCUGUGUGCGCUUUGGUGGAGAGCAUGUGCCCAACAGUCCCUUCCAAGUUACAGCUUUGGCUGGAGACCAACCCACAGUGCAGACCCCACUACGACCUCAGCAGCUCACUCCACAGUAUACCUAUCCCCAGGGUGGCCAGCAAACCUGGGUCCCAGAGAGACCCAUGGUUGGUGUUAAUGGGCUGGAUAUGACCAGCCUGAGGCCCUUUGAUCUUGUCAUCCCCUUCACCAUCAAGAAAGGCGAGAUCACUGGGGAAGUUCGAAUGCCUUCAGGCAAGGUAGCCCAGCCCUCCAUCACUGACAACAAGGAUGGCACUGUUACUGUGCGGUACUCACCCAGUGAGGCUGGCCUGCAUGAAAUGGACAUCCGAUAUGACAACAUGCACAUACCAGGAAGCCCUCUGCAGUUCUAUGUGGAUUAUGUCAACUGUGGCCACGUCACUGCCUAUGGCCCUGGCCUCACACACGGAGUGGUCAACAAGCCUGCCACCUUCACUGUCAACACCAAGGAUGCAGGAGAGGGGGGCUUGUCAUUGGCCAUUGAGGGUCCAUCCAAAGCAGAAAUCAGCUGUACUGACAACCAGGAUGGGACGUGCAGUGUCUCCUAUCUGCCUGUACUGCCUGGUGACUAUAGCAUCCUCGUCAAGUACAAUGAGCAGCACAUUCCAGGCAGCCCCUUUACUGCCAGGGUCACAGGUGAUGAUUCCAUGCGUAUGUCCCACCUAAAGGUGGGUUCUGCUGCUGAUAUCCCCAUCAACAUCUCAGAAACAGACCUCAGUUUGCUCACAGCCACUGUGGUACCACCCUCAGGACGAGAGGAGCCCUGUCUGCUGAAGCGGUUGCGCAAUGGCCAUGUGGGGAUUUCCUUCGUGCCCAAGGAGACAGGGGAGCACCUGGUGCAUGUGAAGAAGAAUGGCCAGCAUGUAGCAAGCAGUCCCAUCCCAGUGGUGAUCAGCCAGUCGGAGAUUGGUGAUGCUAGCCGCGUGCGGGUCUCGGGCCAAGGCCUCCAUGAAGGGCACACAUUUGAGCCUGCAGAGUUUAUUAUUGACACUCGAGAUGCAGGCUAUGGUGGGCUCAGCCUGUCUAUUGAGGGCCCUAGCAAGGUAGACAUUAACACAGAGGACCUGGAAGAUGGCACAUGCAGGGUCACCUACUGCCCCACAGAGCCCGGAAACUACAUCAUAAACAUCAAGUUUGCUGACCAGCAUGUGCCUGGCAGUCCCUUCUCUGUGAAGGUGACCGGUGAGGGCCGAGUGAAAGAGAGCAUCACACGCAGGCGACGUGCCCCUUCAGUGGCCAAUGUUGGCAGUCAUUGUGACCUCAGCCUGAAGAUUCCUGAAAUUAGCAUCCAAGACAUGACAGCCCAGGUAACCAGCCCAUCAGGCAAGACUCAUGAGGCAGAGAUUGUAGAAGGAGAGAACCAUACCUACUGUAUCCGAUUUGUGCCUGCUGAGAUGGGAAUGCAUACAGUCAGCGUCAAGUACAAGGGCCAGCAUGUGCCUGGGAGUCCCUUCCAGUUCACUGUGGGGCCUCUGGGAGAAGGGGGUGCCCACAAGGUCCGUGCUGGAGGCCCUGGCCUGGAGAGAGCUGAAGCUGGAGUGCCAGCUGAAUUCAGCAUUUGGACCAGGGAAGCUGGUGCUGGAGGUCUGGCCAUUGCUGUUGAGGGCCCUAGCAAGGCUGAGAUCUCCUUUGAGGACCGCAAGGAUGGCUCCUGUGGUGUGGCUUAUGUGGUCCAGGAGCCAGGUGACUAUGAGGUCUCAGUCAAGUUCAACGAGGAGCACAUCCCUGACAGCCCCUUCGUGGUGCCUGUGGCUUCUCCGUCUGGUGACGCCCGCCGCCUUACUGUUUCUAGUCUUCAGGAGUCAGGGCUAAAGGUCAACCAGCCAGCCUCUUUUGCAGUCAGCCUGAAUGGGGCCAAGGGGGCGAUUGAUGCCAAGGUGCACAGCCCCUCGGGAGCCCUGGAGGAGUGCUAUGUUACAGAGAUUGACCAAGAUAAGUAUGCCGUUCGCUUCAUCCCACGGGAGAAUGGCAUCUACUUGAUUGAUGUCAAGUUCAAUGGUACUCACAUCCCUGGAAGCCCCUUCAAGAUCCGAGUUGGGGAGCCUGGGCAUGGAGGGGACCCAGGCUUGGUAUCUGCCUAUGGAGCAGGCCUGGAAGGUGGUGUCACAGGGAGCCCAGCCGAGUUUAUCGUGAAUACAAGCAAUGCGGGAGCUGGUGCCCUUUCGGUGACCAUCGAUGGCCCAUCCAAAGUGAAGAUGGAUUGCCAAGAGUGCCCUGAGGGCUACCGUGUCACCUAUACCCCAAUGGCACCUGGCAGCUACCUCAUCUCCAUCAAGUAUGGUGGCCCCUACCAUAUUGGGGGAAGCCCCUUCAAGGCCAAGGUCACAGGCCCCCGUCUUGUAAGCAACCACAGCCUCCAUGAGACCUCUUCUGUGUUUGUGGAUUCUCUGACUAAAGCUACUAGUAUUCCUCAGCAUGCAACCCCAGGCCCAGGUCCUGCUGAUGCCAGCAAGGUGGUGGCCAAGGGCCUGGGGCUGAGCAAGGCCUACUUAGGCCAGAAAAGCAGCUUCACAGUAGACUGCAGCAAAGCAGGAAACAACAUGCUGCUGGUUGGAGUACAUGGCCCCAGGACGCCCUGCGAGGAGAUCCUGGUCAAACACAUGGGCAGCCGGCUUUACAGUGUCUCCUACCUGCUCAAGGACAAGGGGGAGUACACGCUGGUGGUCAAGUGGGGUGAUGAGCACAUCCCAGGCAGCCCAUACCGCAUCAUGGUGCCCUGAGCCUGGCACCUGUGCCAGCCAGAAGCUCCUAUGGCAAAAAUCCCCACAGCUUCCCCACUCUCCAAGCAGCCCCAUUCUAUCCUUAGCCUUGGACCGCUGUCCCCUACCCCGGCGUGCCCUGUCCACCUUAUCACUGCAGUCGCCCCUGCCCUGUGCUGUGCUCACCUGCCUCCUCUCAGCUUUCACCUGGGCAGAGGGAGCCAUUUGGUGGCAGCGCCUCUCCUCUUUGGCUCUGGGAGGUGGGGGUCCUAUGCACAACCACCUGCUAGUUCUGUUUCUGAGCCAAGAGGAAUAAAGUUUUGCUUCCAUUGUC